UGAAUUGAAAGUCGAUUAUCCUCGUUAUCUCUGUGUCGUCGACAUCGACGGAUAGCUGAGCAGGACUCACUCGGCACCGAUUGCGACGAAUUUCAAUGUAAGCCGUCCCUCAGCGGCUUCCGACUCAGUGCGGAGAACAAUCGCCAACGCGCAGCGCAGCGCCAGCGGCCCCACGCGGGUCCAACAGAAUAGAGUGGAGGAGACGAACCUGUUGAGGAGGCUGUAGUCGGCAGUCGAGGAACGAGAAAUGGCAUACAGAAUCCUCCGUCGGCCAUGGAGGGCAAAGAAGCCUCUGUACUGGGGCAUGGUUCCCGAGCUGGCGGGUAUUAUCCCGCUGCUCGUCCUGUUCGGCGUCCAGCAGCCAGACGCCUUCCGGACUCUCUUCUGGCGCAUCGGGUUUGAGAACAAGCUCAACUCAAAUCCCAACAUGAUCCUCUACGCCUAUGCCAAUCACCAGCCGUUGCCGACCAUCCCCUUUGUCUGGUCUCAGACAUUAACGAGCUACAAUGUCGCCAUCUCCAUCGUCGCCCUCUUCAUUCUCCUGGCCAAGAUGAUUGCCACCAUCAUGCAGGUCUUCUAUCCGCUCUUCGGCACGAUCGUCGGCCUCUGCAUGACGGCGCUCUUCACCGUGAGCGUCUACGGCCAGGCCGGCCCCGACUACGCCGACUCACGAUACCCGAGCCCGGUGGCCUGGUACAUCCGGUACGGCUGCGGCAUCGCGGAGCCGUACAACGCAGGCAAGAGCUGCAUGAUGGCCAAGGGAACUUUUGCCGUGACCGUGUACAUGCUGUCCGUCUUCGUGGCCCAGUCGGCCUUCGCCAUCUGGGCGAUGCUCCCCAACAAGGAGCUCGACAUGAUGGAGGACUCGGACGACGACGACGACUACCAUGGCCCCAAGGACAAAGGCGUCGCGGUCGAGAUGCAGCCCACGCCGCCAAACCCGCAGGUCCCCUUCACGCCACGAACCCAGGCCUUCCACGCGCUGGAGAGGAAACUGCCGUUCCGGCACAGCUAGGCGCGGAGGGUAGACGGUUGAGGCGUUUUGUUUUAUGACAGGGCACCGGUGCUGUGAUCAAACCACUGCGCUGCUGGUUGGGGCAGACGUCGUCACCUCUGCAGGAAGUUAAAAACAAAUAUGGAAUACUCCCGGCGGUGAAUGGCUUGUACAAUUGCUCUCCCUCACUCAAUGGAUGAGCGGAUGCUUUCGUGGAUGGUUC